AUGGUUAUUUCAGUCGUUAUUGGCGUUUCAUUAAAUUUGGGAUGCUUUUUCUUCAAUAUUGACGACAGUUCAUACGAGCGACUUUCCAAGGACUUUUUUACUGAUGACUCAAAGCUCACGGAAGAUUAUUCAUUGAUCGAUCCAAACUUUCAAAAUUUUUCGAUGAGCUUUUACGACGCCGCUGUCAAAAGCUUGCUUAUGUUACCAAAUACCGUCGAUUUUAAAAAUGCCACGAGCAUUUUCGAUCUAAAGUACAAAAAAUACGAAGUAUACGAAUCAACAGAGAGAUUUCGAUGCUGCGUUGAUCUCCAGGAAAUGAACGAAAUAAUAAAGAGAUAUGAUAAAGAACUCGAGUCGUUUUUCGUGCCGAAUUGCACCGGCGACGAGUUGAAAGUCUUCAUCAGCAUCAAAACCACUCCUCUUAUCUGGCAGUUACUCGGUGAUAUCAAAUUUUACGACAAAGAAAUUAUGUCAUUCUAUUCGAUCUUCAAUGAUAUCCAUCUGGCUCCCCGUAACACUCUGCCAGAAAAUUGUCCCGCGAGCUUUCUCCUCUGUAACACUUCUUUCAUCGAUGAUUUUUUUGAAAAAGAGAAAAAUUUCUUGUCAAAUCAUUAUUCAAACCAAUAA